AUGGACAACCCCCAGGCCAGGCUGACUGUGGUGGUGGAAGUAGAACCGGGAAGAGGAUCAGAGUUGAUAUAUAGUCCAUCUUUCUCAGGCCCUGAGGAGACCUGUUACCCCACACUCCUUCUGGAGGGGUCCAAGAGCAUCCGUCUGCUUCAGCCGGGCACUCUAGACACUCAGGAACAAUGCAUCACCUUUGACAGAGUCCUGGGCUCUGAUGCUGCUCAGGAGGCUGAGCAGGAGCUGCUGGCACGAGUCCAGUCCACACUAGGCCUGGUAGCCCAAGGGUACAGUGUGGCCCUACUGCUUCGGGGUCGGGAAACAGAAACACCCCGGCUUGUACCUCAGCUGUUGCAGAUGCUGUUUGAGGAAGCUCAGCCGCACAGCGGCCCUGAUCCUGUGCUUGUUACCCUUAGCCUGGUGCAGCUCAGCCCUAGUGGGAGGACUCAGGACCUGCUCUCUCCAGGGACAGAGAACUUGUCCGUGCUCAAUGUGUCUCCUCUGGGCUUGGUGGUGGAAGAUGCUAGCGAGGUGGAAGUGUCUGACUCAAGAGCUGCCUCAGAGCUGUACUUGCAGGCUGCAGGGGAUGAAGGCAGGGCCUGCUCUCUGCUCACUGUCACCAUAUCUUGCCCAGGGCCUGAUCCUCCUGAGGGGCCUGGGACCCAGGGCAUGUGGCGAGGGGCUUUGAGGAUCCUUCAGCUGCCCAGAGCCCUAGAUUGCCCCCUGCUGCAGGUGUUGGCUGGUAGGGCUACUGGUGAGGAGGUGGAGGGCUCUCUGCCUUGGAUUGUCUCACGACUCCUGGAAGGAAACAACUACAGUGGCCUCCUUCUUCGCCUGGACCCUCAAGGUGGCUCCCUGAGCCUGCUCUGGGCUGCUCUGUUGGGGGCCGAGGAAAGGAGGAUGCAGGUGAAACAGGUGAGGCCCAUCCUGUGGGACGGAGUAGAAGAGGCCCGGGCCCACCGGGCUGGCCUUAAGAGCCUGCGUUCAGGCCUCCUUGGAGACAACCUGACAGACAGCGGGCUCAGCCAGUUGGGCAGGGCACUUCGAGAGUUGCAGGUGAUAAAAGCCUGCAGUCAGUGCCCAGGAAGCCAGCCACUCAAAAGGGUCAAAGCUGAGGCUGUGGAGCUCCCAAAACUACAGGACUCUGAGGAGAGGCAGAGAUGCAACCGGGAACAGAGAGUGCUGAGACUCCAGCUGGAAGCACUUCAGGCAGAGAAGGACAAUGCAGAGCAGGACCUCGUAGCCCUUUAUGAGUUGCAUGUGCAGGCUGCCCGAGCUCAGACACGCCAUAUGCUGCAGGUAUUACGAACCUGGCGAAGGCUAUGGGAGGAGCAGGCUGUGACCACAGAGCAUCACCACCGCAGCCUGCUGGCUGGUGUCCUGCAAGACAACAUCAACCUGGCCACGCAGAACCAGGAGCUCCGAGCCCAGAACCAGCAACUUCGGCAGGGAAUACACUAGGCUGAGGCCAGUCCUGGUGGAUUGCUGCCCUGGAGAGAAAUUUGGUGAUCAGUAGUCCUGCAGGGAUAGCUCCUUUCUCUUCAUUCUUAAGGGUUCUAGAAGGGAGAGGGAGCUGGGAUACAAUAACCAAGCUGAUUUUCAUUAUGGAUAAUUAACAAUACCAAUAACCAAGUCCUGUUGUGCCAGUCCCUGUUAAACGCCUCAUAUCCACUACUUUUUAGUCUUUCCCACUACCCUACAUGGUAGUAGAUACCAUUUAAUCCCCAUUUCAGGGGUAAGGCAACUAAUGCUUGGAGAGGUUAAAUAACUGCCCAAGGAUAGUCAGCUAAUAAGUGACAAAUUCAAGCCUGGUUGGCCAGAGUUCUACACUGUAGACAGUAGUGGGUUUGCAAGAUGCAGUGUGCAUUGGAAUCAUUUCAGCUCAUUAAAGAAAAAGAAAAAAGAAAAAAAAAGAUUCCCAAGCCCUACCCUAUUCCCUAAGAUUUUCCAAUAGGUCUGCCUUUUGAAAAUUAUUUUAUGUUAUGUUAAACUUACUAGGUAUUCUUCCAAGGAGCAGGGCCUGAUGUCCCUCUGGCCAUGAGAAGAGAGGACAGGAUUAUCAGUGAGGGAACCAGAGGAAAUGAGAAUCAAAGCCAUAUUGAAAGCAUGAGUUCUCUAGCCUAAAAUCUAGUUUGUCCUGCCAGGCCCAGUACCUUCUAUUUCCAAGAAUUCCUCUGAAUUCCCUAGGACCCACGUUUUGUACUUCAGAGAAAUUUGGAAAGUUCUAUGAUAGAACAGUCUCCACUCCAUGGAGCCCUAAAGAAGAUAACACUCCUGGCAACAACUAGGAGAAAAGUGUCUUCUCCUAGC